GUUGCCCAUCCCCAGCAGCUGUCAAAGGCAACAACAACAUGACUGUUGUUCAAAAUCACCGCAAAUAUUGUAUUUCCCCCAGUUAGUAAUUCAGCCGCACAUAAAAACAUGACCACAGACGAGAGCAUAAUGGAGGAGAUGCUGGAUAGAGCAACGAAUCCGGCAAAGGAAAGAGUUGACGAAUUGGGCGUGCAAAUGUUCUGCAUUGUGGUACGCAGCAAUGGCCAGCUGGUGCACAAGGCCCAGGAGAUGAUAGUGGCCAAGGUGCGAUCGGUCAACAUAACCGAAGCCACCCGGGCCAUUUCGCUCCUGGAGGAAUGCAUGACGCAGUGCGGCGACGAGUUUCAGGACGAGGCCUCCAAGUUUCGCUUCCUCAACGAACUGAUCCGCCUGGUGUCGAAGAAGUACAAGGGCGCCGAGACACCGCACGAGGUUAAGCAACGUAUCAUGGAAUGCCUGCUGCUCUGGACCACCGAGUUUCCGCAGCGACAGAAGAUCCGUGAUGCCUACGAUAUGCUGCGCAAAGAGGGCGACAUUGAACACGGCACCACAGAGGCGGCGGUGGCCAAACGCGAGAGUGUAUUGGGCACCAUUGACGAGGCCAUGUUCGCCAAGCUGAUUAAAAGCAAUAAUCCGGAGAACUUCAAGCGGGCCAAUCUGUUGCUACAGUACCGCAUGGCGCAGGAGGCGCGCCGCAAUGAUCUGCUUGCCCAGCAUCGCCUGGUGCUUUGCGAGGUCCAGGAGACAAUUCAGCUGCUCAACCAAAUGCUGGACACCUACGAUCCAUCCAAUCAGGAUGUCAGCGAGACACUGCACGAGCUGUACAAGAGCUGCAAGAAGCAUAAACCCAUCUUUCAGCAUCUGCCGCAGCUGUUGGACAAUUCCGAUGCCCAGCUAGUAGCCGACACCCUGGACGCCAACGAAGCCCUACUGUCCACCAUGCAACGCUACAAGCAACUGGUGCCCUCGCCCACGAAGAGCUUAGCUCCCAGUUUACCUAUAACCAAAUCUACUGGCACUGCUACAUCGACGGCAGCCUCAGGCUCCAGCAAUGCCCUCCUCCUAAACGAACUCCUUGGCGAUUUGCUAAUCAAUAGUGAAAGUAACAGCGGGGGAGGAUCUGCCUUAGCCUCUGCUCCCAAGGAGUCGACUUCAAUUACAUCCCAUGUGGGUGCCAGCAAUAAUUCAACAUCCACCACAGUGGGAAACCCACUGGCCGACCUCAACGACAUCUUCAGCAGCGCCUUGGCCGAAAGUGAGGCCAAGCUGAAUCAGAAUCAGACUCAGAAUCAAUUGCCGUUUCAGAAUGCUAGCACAUUGCUGGAGCCUCAGGUCCUCAGUCCCAGCUCUACCGUCGAGGGUCUGGCCAAUGGCAGUGCCAGCGAGUUGGGUCAAAAGUCAGGAACUACUGCCAGAAAGAUGCCCCAGAUUGAUAUGCUCAGCGAGGAGCUCUUCCAGCAGAUAUUGCCCACUCAGGAGCGGAUGACUAGCUUCAAGCGUGAUCCCGAAAAGAUUACCCUCAAUGAUAUGGCUCGGGACAAGAUGCAUGUGAAGGUGCAGCCAUCAGAGUUGGAAGAAAAGAAUGCGAAGGAGCCUGCUUCCUUAGUCUUGGCUACGACUAGCGACUGCUCGGUUGAUGAUGUUCCAUUACUUGAAAGCGAGACUGUAAGCAAAGUGGAGGAAAAACCAGCCAAAAGUGAGGAUCUGGUGACCGCCAAGCCGCUAAGCGAGAUUCAUGUGGAACUGGAUAAUAUCCAGGCCACCGGUGAGCAACGUAUCGUGCUGGAUGAUGAUGACAUGCAGCUCAGUUUGAACUUCACCAGCGAUCGGCCCGGCCAUCGUGUUUCGGUGAUUGUGAUAUCGGCCCAGAACAAGAGCGGCCAGCCUGUGCGUGAUUUUCAGUUUGAGGCAAGCGUGAAAAAGCCCUGCAAGGUGCGCCUGUUGCCGCCAUCCAGCAGCGAAAUGCCUCCCCACAAACCAUUCCGACCGGCCACACCCAUCAAUCAAGUGAUGCUGCUACUAAAUCCCACUGGCAAGGCCGUCGACGUUACCUGCAUCGUGGGCUACAAGCUGGGAGAUGAUCCGGAUCCCAUCAAGGAGUCUGUGGUGGCCCUGGGCAUUGCUUACGUCGAUUAAAUCCCGUCCGCAAUAACCACAACACGAAGAACAAGUCAAUUGCGUUCCAUCCCAUCCUUUUUAAUUAUUUUAACGGCGAUCUUAAAGAUUCCUUGGUUUUAUUUUCGUUUGAAUGCCGGUGUAUUAUUCAAACUGUAAACUUUUGCACACAUGAUUUAGUCUUAAUAUAUAAUAAAAUAAUGUAAUAAUUA